AUGGCAGCAUCUCAGGCGACAUCAGCUGUCUUCGGAAUAACCGAGUUGUUGGAGAACAUUCUCGUCAUCCUCCCGCCCCGAGACCUCCUGCGCUGUCACUCCGUCAGCAAAACAUUCCAUGCCACCAUCGAAGGCUCCAAGCAAUUGAAAAAGACGCUAUUCUGGGAAAUCGACUAUCGACCGUCCGCCUGGGCUCCUUUUGGAAUCUUCUUUGAGCGGCCGAGAAGAACUCUGGCAGGAGGAGAAGAUCACCUGCUGCACCAACGGACGGUCAGAUCUGACCUAUUUAGCGGCACAUUUGCCUGCGAAUUCAGCCUUCUGAGGAGCAAGGCUGGCGCCACCUUCAACUGGACCACGGGUAGGAAGCCCACCCUCAUGAUCUCGCUCGACGACAUUUGGGACAUGCACAAAUUGGAAGAAGACGCGAUGAGCUCGUUCGGCCGCUGUUCCUUGACCGAUCCAGCAGAGCGGAUGAACAUCGAUUUGACAUUCCUCUGCCCUAGCAUUAGAUUCAUCUCUUCGGCGAAGGACCCGUCAUGGAAGCGUCUUCUUGGACGCUCGAGGCCUACGAAGAGCUGCACUGUCGACCGGAAGGUGCGGAUGAGAGUUGCCACAAGGGCGGUGACUAUGCGUCAAGCAUUGGACAUAUGUCGCGUUCUGAUCCUGCUACACUCAGAGUAUAGCGAUGUCAGCGUGCCCGGUUUGUCGAUGCACGUUGAGGAUUUGAAGGAAUUGUACACAGCCUGGCACAAAUUCGACCAUAGGCCAGCAGAAUGGCGAGGAAAUAGUGGGCUGCAUACCAGAGUGGCAGAUCUUCUGUCGGGGCCAAUCUUAGUCAGGAGCGCACUGCGAUUACGAUCUCGAAGUCCGGAUGAGCGAAAUUGA